AUGAUUAAUGAUCACGAGUAUAUUGUGAGGCAGUGCGAUGGGGGUUAUGCCUGCCCGUUCUCGGGGUGUAAUAUGAUUUUCAAAAAGCGUGAAAAUAUGCAGACACACGUCACCGAAGACCACAAUAGUUCAGCGAAAAUCAAGGUCUUUGAUACUCCUGAUUUCGUCAUGGCGUCCAAACAGGUUCUUGACCAGCACGGAGUUGUUUAUGAGGGGAUUGUUGUAGAAGGAGCCACAAAUAUUUCGUCCGACAUUUUAGUUCCGGAACUCUCGUCCUGUCAGGACGUUGCAAACAGAGAUGAUCCUCCUGAUGCGGACUGCAGGACCGUAUCUUUGUUGUCUUCAGUAGACUACUUGAGGUCCAAUGAAGUUCUAGAUGCGCUGGGCGUUUGCCUCCAUAGCCGUUUGAAAAUUCUCAUCUGCUACUCGUGCCGGGUCGCAUUGACCUCUGGGAUGAUAUCCGGACACAGGAAAAAUCGCCACAAGUCGUAUCGGGUACCUCCAGCCGCUCUGCAGUCAUUCCUGGACUAUUGUUUAGAGGCCAAUGUUUAUGAGAAGCCAGAGCAUGUCAAACUACCAACUGCAGGAGGACCUCCUGUCCAGCAGAUUGCGGAUCCGAUCGAUGGUUUUGCAUGCACUGCAUCCUCCGACUGCGCAUAUGCCGUCAAGGAUUUAUUCACCAUGCAGCGCCAUGGACGAGAGACGCACGGAGCCACUGGCUUGAUGGAGAUCCAUCAUCGAUCUUGUCAGGUCCAACGUAUAUUUUCAAGUGUGGGCAACUCAUAUUUUGAGAUCGGGAAUAAUUUUGUUCCAUCUGCCAGACCAGAUGUCAGAUCCGCCCUGCAGGCCACUUUCAUACCUGCUGUUGAGCAUUCAUUGGUCGUUCCAGCCAAUACAGAACGAGAGAGGACUCCACUGAUGCGCUUCAUGGGUUGGGACAAGUUUCAGGUAGACCUCCGGAUGAAUCCAACCCAGAGACGGGCGGCGGAACAGAUUAAGAAAAAGCAUACCGACGAUGAAUUCGGUGGUAUUAUCACCUGUCUCUCCAAUGCUGUGCGAGACCACAUGGCGAGGGCAUCCAGCAUCUUGGAUGGUCAUCCUCACAGGUUGAGCCUGUCCAAACUCCUGGUGUAUGGUGAUUCCAUUCCGCGAGAAACGGACAGUCAUUGGAGGCCAGUGUCGGAUGAGAACAUAGAGUAUCCAAACUUUAUGAUUCAAUUCAUGAGGGCGAUCAUGCGCAUUCACCUCGGAUUCCCAUUCGAUUUUUCGUUCGAGCUGUCCGCCGUGCAGACCCUGUGUCUCGAGGAACUUGUGCUUGUCCUUCGCGACAAAAAUGCUACCCCACGAAAGAGGAUGAUCUUUUACCAUAAUUUUUCAUGGUCCCUAGUUGAUACGGAUCCGAGUCUUUGCUUGGGAGAGCGAUGGGCAAACCCAAUCAAACGAGCCAUCUGGCUCAGGGCGUUGCGCGCGGAUGGAAACUUCUGUGAAGCAUCCGUCCUUACACCAGAUCUCGCAAAGUUCAAAUAUCUUUGCAACAUUACCUCCCUCCUCGAGGCGCUGAUGGACAAGGACCAGGAUACCGAUUCUGUCCAUUCAGAUGACCACGACCGUGUCGCUCGUGUUCAUGAACGGGUGCUACGACUCGGUCGUACCACAACGUUUAACAUAGUGUAUGAGAUGCAGCAGUACGCUUCGUCUUUGGUAUUUAAUCAAACGAGAGAACCCAAUGUCUACGUCGAUCCUGAUGUUCAAUCCAUCACUAUAGGCAUCCACACCAUGCAGAUGGACAAGCUGAGAAGCGGAAUACAAAGGCUCCUCCAGGAGUCAAAGUCGCGCUAUUCUGCCCUCACUAAUGAUACUGUCGUAUUGAAAAUUGUCGAGCAGGUCAAGGACGAUCUCACCAACUCGACGCGCGAUCACUAUAACCUGGCAAUUAUCGACAAUGCAGGACGACUCGCAUGGAACAUUCCCGAAAUAAAGGAUCUUCUCAGACGCUCGUCGCGUGUCUGGGAACCUAUCUACCAUUUGCUCUAUAUAACAACUCACAUCUCAUGUCGCGGAACUCAGUUCAUCGACCACAAAAUCAGUAACGCGGACAGGAAUCGAAACCUCUUCAUGCAGGGAAAGGAAAUGUUCCUCCUGACAGGGUACAGCAAAAAAACCGGCAUCACCGAUCGAGACUCGUGUACCCCAGGUUUCGUUCCCAAGGACAUCGCAUUACUAGUCCUCAACAUGAUUGCAGGUGGUUUUCGCACAGCUGAAGCAAUUUUGGCUGGUGUUGCAUACGGUGCUGAUGCGGAACAUUUGUACAGAACGUACCUCUGUGUCGGUGAGGGCGAGAGGAUCAGUCCUAUACAGUUUUCCGCCAACAUUCAGCAGUGGAACCAUAAUUACUUCGACUGUAGAUGGGGAGUGAGAGAUUUUCGGCAAGGCGCCAUAACCAUUGGUCGCGAAUUCAUAGCUCCAGACGACUCUUAUGAUCAAGCAGACAAUAUCCUCGCUGAAUCUGCCGAUCACUCCACUGGUAUGGACCAUAGUCAUUACGCCGUCAUCCAAGGAGUCGUCCCUCGGUUGUCCAACAAUAGCAUGUGCAAGCAUAGAUGGCUUGGAGAUCAGUGGCAUAGCGUUCUUGGUCUAGGUCCCUUCCCGCCUCCAGAGGCAAUAAGGAUCAGCCGCAAGAAUAAGUCCGAUGGGACAACGCUCAGGUCCAUAGCGGACAUCGUCAGGAAGACCACGCAAGACACAAUCAAAGAAUUUUUGGAUGCGCACCACGCUAAAAUAUUGAAGGAUGCAGUUUCUACCGCAGUACUCCAACACAGAAAGGAGGCUAUAGAUAUGAUUUCUACACCAGAAAUUGCAUCACCACUUCCAACCACCUGGAACGGGGGGUCAUUUCACUUGAGCGGGAAUUUGGAGGACUUGUUUUACGAUCAAAGUGAAUGUAUUCAGCGUGGUCGUACUCCCUCAUCAGGACCCAGUGGGUACAACAACAACAGUAAUCGUAAAGGGAAAGGAAGAGAGCAUGAAAUGCCAGCACAUAUACCGUCUAAAUCACGUUCUGUCAUUCGCACAAGGAGCAAGGAGCACCGGUCCAUUAAAUCGCAUGAAAAAAGAUCGUUGGAAGACGUCGAGGAAUAUUCAGGACGUCCCAAACGCGCUCGUAAGUUGUCUGUGGAGGUGACGGACACAUCUAGUGACGAAGAUCUGUCGGGUCUUGAUACAAUAUCGCUGAAACGCCUGCGUGGACCCAGAACCAUGGUGACGAAUGCACCCAUCGAUUGUAUUAGCCUCUCGAGCAGUGACGAAGAAUCGAGCCCGGACGAGAAUAUGCCGAUGCAACAUAUCCAUAGGACACAGGCCUCAGUCCAUCAGGCCUCUACUGAUGUGGCUAGCUUGCUAUUCGGCGACUGCACCACGUCGAAAUCCUCGAUCGCUGACUGCGGUAAACCAUCAUUGUCCCCGAGCGCUGUUCACGACAUUCGAGAGGAUAUUAGAUGUGCGAUAAGACACAUUAGGAAGGACGACUCUGCUAGAGAAAAGAGUGCUGCACAGAUGAACGUGCUUGUUGCCAUCAUGACUGCAUGUACAGACCUCGUCAUUACAAUGAGGACAGGUGGAGGUAAAAGUAUGUCGUGGAUGGUUCCAUCUGUAAUGGAUGAGGAUGCUAGAUCUAUAGUGGUGUGCCCUUUCGUCGCUUUGUUGGAUCAACAGUACAGAACUACCGCUGCCACUGGUCUGCGAUGUCACAACUACUGCGUUUCCAAGGACAUUCCGGAGAAUGCGCAGAUCUUGUUUGCGCAGGUGGAACAUUGCUCGUCCCAUGCAUUUUCAAGUUUCCUUGUAUCUCCACUCGGGCAGAAGUUUAACAGGGUGUUUGUCGACGAAUUCCACGACAUCGCGAACUGUCAUCCAGGCCGAGUUAUUCCAUGGAAGAAUCUUGCGCAGCAAUUCGGCAAGACUCGCGUCAGGAUCGUGCUCAUGACAGGGACGGGACCACCACACCGUAUCGCAAAUUUCAUCAAACCAUUUGGCAUAAAUCCAAGUAUGAUAACCGAAGUACGGUCAGAUACAAACCGCCCAGAGAUCGGCAUGCAUGUCGUCCAGGUGCAGCCUAUUGCAGCCAUGCAAUCCCUGGGCCACCUCGUCUCUGCUCUGUGCAAACUACUGUCGGAGGAAGAACGUAUAUUGGUAUUCUGCGGCUCUCAGAGCGACGCACAGGCAUUUGCAGUGAGGGCAAACUGUGCCGUCUACCACAGCGAUCUCUGGGAGGCUGGGAAUAAUAGGGAGUCUAACCUUGAGCGCUGGGAUUCAGGCGAGACAAAGGUUAUGGCAUGCACAACUGCGUUUGCACAGGGUAUAGAUAGGCCUCAUGUCCGAUAUGUCGUGAUUUUCAAACCUUCGUACGGACUCAUUGUCAACAACCAGAUGCUCGGACGCGCAGGCCGGGACGGGAAGGAGUCUCACGUUUUUUUUCUUACAGAUCGACGUGGUAAGACAUACAGGGGACCAUCGACUGACCAGUGUAUGGGUGAGUUAGACGAUCUGGUCCACGGUACGGCAUGUCGUCGGUUUACCAACAUGAUGUGCAUGGAUGGCAACAAGCUCGCCGUCAGAUGCACGGCUGAACCACCAGGAAUAAAGUGCGACGUUUGCGAUCCAAACAGCUUAAUGCAGAGGCUUGCUAUCAAAUCCAUCGAAAAUCCAUUGAGGCCACCUGAGGUGUCCGAGUGCGCAGGCACCUCAUCUGUUGCUAGUGGAUCCAUGCUUCGAGGACUCGCGAAUGCUCCGCAGCACACGUCCAUGGGAUUUGUACCAGCUUCUUCGCUUAUUUCGCGUGGUAUGACUGCCCAGGCGCCCACCCAACAGCACUCCCAGUCCAGCGACGCUCUAUACGACGAGGGCACAUCAGAACUAACUGCAUUUCAAACUAUGAUGCUAAAUGCCAUGGAGGACGUCCACGGGACGGGUACUUUUGGAUCGUCAAGCGAUCAAUACACCACGACAUCGCAGCCAUUGGCUCUCGCACAUUCGUCGCAAGAGCGAGCAUAG